AUGGCCGGUCUGCCUCUUGGUUGGGAGUGGGACUACGACGGCCAACGCUGGUUCUACAAAUACAAGCCUACAGGACAGAUCCAAUACCACUUCCCCUCCGAAGGCGAUGAGUUUCCGGACUUUGUUGAGGCUGGCGUGCCAGCGCCAGACCUUGCACCCGAAGAACGACUUGAAUCGCAACAGCAGGUCAAGAGGCAGACGAGUUCGGCAGGUAGCGGUGCCGACGCUCGCUCGAAACGAGCACAUAUGACGGGCGCAGGCAAUGGCAGCGACAAUAAAUACGCCAUGUCCGCGACGGCUAAACCCGUCAGUGCGAUAUGGGAGGGAGACGAUGAUGCAGAAGGUGAUGGUGUGUUCCAGCCAGAGAACUUCAUGUUUCUUGGGCCCGGGACCUACACCGACGUGAGCCCUUUGGCGGAGGAAGAGGAAGAGGCAGCCAAAAGGUCUGUUGUUGGAACUAUUGGCGAACGGUUUCAAGGCAGCGAAACUACCGGGACGACGGCAGCAGCAUCUGUUAAAGGUGUUAGUCCUCUAGGAAGCAGCAAGACAACGCCUAUGAUGGCAAAGAGUGAACCAUCAACAUCAUCACCAGGGCCGGUGGAUGCAAGCAUCAGGCAAGGCCCUGCUGUUGAAAGCGCACCAGUGACGCAAAGUGCUCACAUUGUUCAGAGCGAGCCUAUCCCCUCCCAACCACCUGUUGAAAUCGAAUCCACUGCCGUUGUUGCAGAGGCGUCUGACUCUUCAGUCAUUCACAUGAUCGAUAGCCGAGAGAUGCCCGUGGAAAUGAUGGGAGACACAAUGCAUCGGUUCGAUCCCGUGGGGUUUGUUGCCGAGAUGCCCACAGAGCACACGGCUGCGGCACAUAUUGAGCUGUACCCCGAACCCGUAGAGAUUGCGGACAAUACGGUGCUUGCGCCGGUCGAAACUGCUGCCGCAGCGGUUUCAGCAACGGCAAUGGCCGAAUUACCAGCCAAGAACAUCCCGGUCGCGGGAAAGGAGGCCCCCGUUGUCGACACGCCAAAGGGGCCAGAGGGGAAUCAGUCUACCAGUGGUGAGAGUAUUACAAGGGAGGAUGGCACUACAUCUACUGAACAGCAAGUGCCAUCAGACCAUGUUCAAACACAUGGUCAACGAGGUGUGCCCAGCGAACAGCCAACCGCUCCUCUGACCCAAAAUGCUGGGGCGUCGUAUGCAAACCAAGUCCUCAGACAAGGUCCUGGACAGUAUGGUCCUCAUUCAAAUGAGCAUGAACAGGUUGAGUCUUCAAUGCCCACCAAACUGAAGACGUUCAAGAUUGCAAGAAAACAGCCAGGAAGUACGCCAGGUACACCUAUCGCACAGCAAUCUCAACCGGAUUAUCAAGCAUAUAUGCCAGGCCAGACGGCUACAACAGCACACUUGCCAAUCGAGAAAAGACAUAGUAUUGGACUACAGCGUGAAGCAUCUUUAAUGAUGAACAUGAAAAGAAACUCAGCCAGCAUAGACUCCAAUUCUGUUCCUCGAGUGCUGUCACCAGCGCAGCAUCCGGUGCCAAAUGCGUCAGGCGAGCCUCUAUCAACCCAAUUCACGAAGCCAACGACUGAUGAAAAUAAAACUGAUAAUGCCGACCUGUCCCUGUCUCAUGCCCCAUCAGUACUGAAACCCGCAAGGAAUAGAAAGUCGGUGCAGGAUUCUCUUCCUCAGAAACAAGUUCCAACGCCAGCCGCUCUUGCAACUCCUCCCGCUCAACCAAACCCCGAGCCUCGAAGGUCGGAAGGAAUUUCUAAAUUCCCAUCUGUCCUGCGUCCAGCACGAGGAAGGUCAUCAAGCCAUCCAGGACAGGUAAUUAAUAGUUCUGUCCGGCAACCGAACCAACAUACAGCGAUCUCACAAGACCAUCUGCCGCUCAGGGGCCGGGUGUAUCAAGUGAACAAUAACCAGACUACUAUUCCAACUCAACAUCCUCCAUUUCAGCAUCCUCUGUGGGCUACAGAACAUGCGGACCAGCCAGCAAGGCCAGCCAGUGUAAUGCCUAUUAUAAAUCAUGUUCCAUAUGGGUCUCAAUAUUCAGCUGCUGGUUUUGGUCUCGGUCUUAUUCCUCGUAGAAAUCAAUCCUCCCAACCGUCAUUAUCAGGGUGUCGGCCGCCAGAACUUCAAGACCAGCCUUCACCACUACAACGCAUGCAGGAGGCCAUCGCCAGCCAACCUCCGCGACCUCAAACUGUCGUAGGAGCUAUUCAAGCUGAUUCUACCAACACUACCUACACUACUACUAUUGUUCCGCCACAACAAUUAGUGUCGGUUCAACCUGUUCGGCAAAUCAAGGAUCUCGUAACAGAACAGUUGGAUCGAACUCAGAAUGUUCCAGCAGUUGUUCAGCCCAAGUCAGUUGAUAGCCAAUUACAGGUUCAACCAGCACAAAAAGUUCGCGAUGAAGACGCAGGGCAACCUCAGCCUCAACCGCAGCCGCAGCUGCAACACAAGCCCUCAAUAUCACAGUCCCAGCUCACGCCGACAGAGCUAGGACAAAAUGUAGCAGGCGAACAGCCUCCUCUAUCGCAGAACCUUCAAACUGCCGCCAGCAUCGACACGGCCGUUGAAACACAAUCUCUGCCGACCCAGCAGGAACCACAAAAGAAACCUCCACCCUCACUCUUCCAAGUUCAACCCCUUCAGCAGAUCCAGAAUGCAGAAGCUGGGCAGCCCAGUCAACUGCAAAGUCUCUUGGCCCCUCUAGGUAUCGCGCAACGUGCUGGGGGCCAUCCUCCUCCUAUUCAGCAAGAAUCAUCUACAACAUCGCGCCUGCAAGAUCCUCAAAAUGCGGCAGCUGGGCAGCCAAGCCAAAUGCAGAACGACACAUCACGGCAGCCUCCGGGACCUCAAAGUGUAAUUGAAACUAUUCAACACAACUCUCCCCCCAAACCUCCCAAAAAUGCGUUCUCUCCAGACCCCAGUCAACCAGACUCAAGUCAACCGACUUAUCCUAGCAUGCGACGAGCGUCUAUGUUUACUUCUAGUGAGGUAUCCCCAGCUCGGCCUCGUGAAGACAGCCAAGUCUCGGCUUUGGGAUCACCGCUGCCCACGGAUGCAGCCCGACGUGGUUCAUCAAACACGACCAUAAACGACCCGAAUUACACUCCUUCACCACUAACUGAUACGACUGGGCCACUUGCACAAAAUGGGUGGACUCAAUCUAUCGCAUUGGGCCAACAGAAUGAAAGUCCUCCCGUGCCUGCGAAAAUUCGAGAGCAUGCUGAAGGCUCCUUCUUCCCUGUUCAGAACACAUCCGACACGCGGGCGUCUCAAGUUAGCCCACCAACACUGGAUGUGGCCAAGCAGCAGCAGGAAAACACAAUAUACAAACCCCAAACGCAGUCCCAAUUCGCGCAGCGGGCUGUACAACAGCAGGCCAAGUAUCUCAGUCAGCCAGCAGGACAGAAAGAGCAAGAAAUACGACUACCCCAAGAGUCAGCACAAGAUACCGAGCAUCCUGUCGGAUAUCAAGUCAAACCUCUUGCAGGUCGGUCUGGCCAACCCCCGAAUGAUCAACAAACUGUCCUUACGCCAGGGUCAGGACAUAUACUUGGUCGGAUCGAGGAGCGUGAUGAGAGCGAACCAGGUCCCAGAAUCGACCAGACACAGCAAAUCAAGCGACCGAGCUCCAUGGCUUCUAGUCUUCAGCACUCAAUACCAGGUACAUCGGCAAGUUUCCAUAGAUCUACAUUACAUCAUCCGCAGCCGUCGGCACCAACUCAAGUUCAAAGAUCAGUACAGACAAUAGGGCAGUUACCAAUGGCUUCAACCCCAUUAGGUCAACCUCCAUCCGGCCAGCUGCCUCCUAUUCAGAACCCACAAGAUCUGGUCCCACCAGUUCAUAUGCAGAUUACAAUGCAAACUCAAAUUACACCUGGGCAAAGGGCGUCUAAUCUCAAUCCUCAGGGCCAAUGGAAUCCACCAGUGAAUUAUAAUUUCCCUACACAGGGAAGUCAGGAGAAGGAGAGGAAGUGGUCGAAGUGGUUCAAAGGCGGACAUUCCAAACCUAAGUCUGCACCGCAGCAAAUGAUGUCACCCCAGUCAGGGCCUCAGCCAUGGCCAGGCGGUCCAUAUGGCCCGAAUCAUUUCUGGCAGCAGCCUGGGCAGCAGAGGCCCUUUGGCCACGGACAAUCCCCGAGUGUGUCUGAUUCGGCAUCCAUAUCUACAAUGGGAUCUGACAAGAAAAGUCAAGAUAGUCAACAUGAAUCUCACGGGCAAGUCCCGGCUAUACAUUCUGAUGCCACUGGUCAGUUAGCACCGGGACAGAUGAUGCCAGGACAACCCACCCAGGGGCAAAUGCGUCCUGGACAAGUGCUCCAAGGCCAAGGUCCCGGGCAAAUGCCACCUAUUCAGAUGCAUCCGGGUCAACAGCUACCCGGUCAGGCACUACCUAAACAAAUGCCUGCAGGACGAGGUUACUUUGGCCAGGCUUAUCCGCUCCAAGUGGCAGUGAAUCCUCCCUUGCAAGGCUUUACAUCAUCGCAACCUCGAACUCAACACCAAGGCCGAGUGGGAAUGACAACCCAAGUAUCGUCGAAUCCAAAUCAGCCACACACGGGUCAUUCUAGGUCACCCUCUACUGUAAGCCAAGCUAGUAUACCGCAGCAAGGUGUGCCAUCUCAGCAAGUGCAUACACCAGUAGGCUACCAGACUCAACACUCCACAGAAGGCAACAUGAUUCCACCACCGCUAUUUGCCCCAUCGCACGGCAAUUAUCCAGAAAAUGCCAGGAUGCAGUCACAUCUGAUGGUGCAGCCGGUCGCCAAUAACAAAUGGGCUCAAAAACCAGCAGCGGACUAUUCUGGGGAUGAUUGGGGAGAUGAGGAGAAUUGGGAACGGAGAUAA